UGACACUACAUUUGAGUCAGACGGACCAACCGAAAGCGUUUUUCUCAGAACCGCUUGUGUACAUGUGCAACAACUAGCUACAGCAAAAUCUGUAGCAAUGAAUCCUGUCAUUCUCAACGUAAUGUGUCUUCUACCAAGAAAUGGCAUCUUUGACACAGUUACAGUUGGCCCUUCAUUCACGUACAUUGGACCGGGCAGCAUUGUUAUUAAGGGCAUCAGUAUCAGUUAAACAUCCGAUUCAGGGGAGUCUGGCUUUUUCCAAUGAGAGACAAUACAGGACCAUGCCUACCCAUGGGAUUGGCAAAUAUAAGCACCUGUUACCUAAAGAAGCGCCAAAGAAAAAGAAAGAGAGACAGCAGAUGAAGCAGAUCAAAACGGCAACAGAUGCAGAGUACGGGACUCUGAACGUGAAAGUGUCUGGGUAUGACAUGAUCAUAGUGGAACACUAUUCUCAGUACAUCCACAACCUCUGCAAUCGGCUAGGUGUCAAAGUGGCUGAGAGCUAUGCAUUGCCCACUAAGAGCACAGAAGUCAUGGUCAUGCCGGAGCAAGGGACCAAGAUGUAUGUAGACGCCAUCCUCAAGACCCAUGAGCGAAUUGUUCAGUUCAGCCAACUAAACGUCACAUUAUGCCCCAUCUUUAUGGAGGUUAUGUUGAAGAAUCAGCCAGAGGGAGUUCAACUCUCUGUAAAGCCACACACAGAGGCAGAUUACCAAGCCCGUUUCAAGGCACGUCCAGAGCUAGAGGGACUGAUGGCACAGAUUACCUAGUGAGAGCAGAGACUGUUCACCCCACCCUUUUACCUCAACUGUCAUCAUACUUUUUCUACCGUUUUGUAUUUUUUUCCAUCACAUUUUUUUAUAUUAUAUAAUUUUAUAUAAAUACAUUUUGGAUGAAUGUAGGACAUAUACAUUGCUGUUGUAGCUUCAAAUA